CAAAAAUAUACUAAAGCUUCAGAUAUAUAUAGUUUUGGAAUGAUUAUGUGGGAGUUUAUGACAGGUAGAAGACCUUUUUGGGAUCGAAAUCAUGAUACAUAUCUAAUUAUUGAUAUAAUUGAUGGUUUACGACCACCAAUUGUCACAUAUGCACCCGAAGGAUUUACUGAAUUAAUGAUAGAAUGUUGGGAUUCUAAUCCGGAUAAAAGACCAACAGCUGAUGAUAUAUAUAGUAGAAUUUGUGAAAUGUAUCGGAAAGAAGGUCUCAAUAGUCCAACUAAAAUUAUAGAAUCAUCAGAUAUUGGACCUGUUCAAAAAAAUAAUCCUGGUGCCAUUUAUAAGAGUAGACCUUUAAGUGCCAUGAUUAAUUCUGCAAUGUCUUUAAGGAGUUUAAGAAGUCGAUCUAUUAACUUAGAAAAAGUCAAAUGAAAGUUUGAAGAUAAU